GCGCCGCCCGAACAGGCUGGGGAGCCACCUUCAGUGGGAGUCGUGACAGCCUUGAACGUCUUCCAUGACAUCACGGCACUUGUUGUUGAAGUGCCCCAGUGUGGGAGGCGGUGGAGAAGGAAGUCCGCUCGGUGGUGAAAGAGGAUGUUGUCCUGCUGAUGGAUGCAUCCAGAAGGGCUCUGACAGCGGCCGGCCUGGCUGAAGACACAAAGCGGCUCAGGCGGACGGUGAGAGCCUCAUGAAGAGGGCCAUGAGUCACAUCCAGAGGGGCUCUGACAGUUGCCGGCCUGGCUGAAGACACAAAGCGGCUCAGGCGGACGGUGGAGAGCCUCAUGAAGAGGGCCAUGAGUCACAUCCAGAAGGGCUCUGACAGUGGCCGGCCUGGCUGAAGACACAAAGCGGCUCAGGCGGACGGUGGAGAGCCUCAUGAAGAGGGCCAUGAGUCACAUACAGAGGCAGAGGGACAGGGUCUCACAGGAGAUGGACUUGUCCCCUGCCAUGUUCUAUAUCCUGCAGCAGGAAGGACUGGUGAAGCGCGCAGCAGACGAAGACCCAGAUAUGGGUCUCUCUUACAGAGACGACACCAAGAAGCUGGUUCUCUCAGGUCUUGUCGCAGAGGUGUAACAAGGUGCAGAACUGGUUCCUGGAGAGGAAGCUAAGAAUAAGGAAGAUGCAGCUGAAGCUGGACCCUCACAUCCUGGACUUCCUGAGGUCAGUGGACAGUAUGGAGAUGUCCCAGGACCUGUUAACGCUUGGCACAUCAGUGCUGUGUAUAGCAUGGAGGGUGGAGAGGUGCUUCUGACUGGCAGCUCAGAUAAAUCCUUGACUGACGCAGAGCAGAUGGUGAAGACUGCCCUGUCAAUGCAGAGCCUCGUGGUGGAGGAUCAGGAUGUGUUGAGGAUACCUGGGUGGAAGGAUCUGAACAGCCACCUGGUGGAUACAUACAACUCCCCAAAGAAGAAAACUGUGGUGAUAAAGCUCCAUCCAGAGAGCAGAGACAGAAUUAUUGUCUCUGGCUUUCUGGACCCGGUCAAAGAGGUCUGGACCUUUCUGGACCCGGUCAAAGAGGUCUGGACCUUUCUGGACCAGGUCAAAGAGGUCUGGACCUUUCUGGACCCGGUCAAAGAGGUCUGGACCUUUCUGGACCCGGUCAAAGAGGUCUGGACCUUUCUGGACCAGGUCAAAGAGGUCUGGACCUUUCUGGACCCGGUCAAAGAGGUCUGGACCUUUCUGGACCCGGUCAAAGAGGUCUGGACCUUUCUGGACCCGGUCAAAGAGGUCUGGACUUUUCUGGACCAGGUCAAAGAGGUCUGGACUUUUCUGGACCAGGUCAAAGAGGUCUGGACUUUUCUGGACCAGGUCAAAGAGGUCUGGACCUUUCUGGACCAGGUCAAAGAGGUCUGGACCUUUCUGGACCAGGUGAAAGAGGUCAGAAACUUUCUGGAGGAUUUUUUUGAAAACUACUUACAAGUCGACGUGGCUGUCUGUGUCAAGUCCAAGUUAAAUUCAUCCAGGAGAAAACAUAUCAGAACUGGAGACAUUUUGCCAAAAGUGUGAUGAGUUGAAUGUCCGUUUUGACCCCAGAAGGCUCAGAAUUGUCCUCUCAGGGGCCUGUCUCUACGUCAAGAUGGCCAAGGGAUUCUUUUAGAAGAUGGCGGCUGCCUUCUGCACUGAUGAGCUCACCAUCAUGAAGUCUGGAGCAAGAAAGUACUUCCAAGAGCAGGAGAGCAUAUUUGUAUCCAUGGCGAUGAAGGAGCAUGGAUGUGUGGUGUUUCUGCAGGAGGAUUACAUACUGGAGAACAAGUGUGUGAGUGUUAUGAGUCGGCUACCAAUGGGACAAGAGAGAGUGAAGGAGAACGUUUUCACCAAGGUCAAAGGUCAGUGAAUAUGAAAGUGUGUGAGGUAGAAGACAAUGUGACGUCUAAAUGUACACAAGUUUUAUUAUGGUGUUGAUGUUUUUUCCACCCAAUAGACGUCUUUAUGGGACCCAGUGAUGGAAGCUUUGGCAAUGAGAACUCUGUCAUUAAGGGGGAGGAGUUUUCUCCAACUGUGUUCCAUCUGUGUGCAGAGAUCCCCCAGGCUGUGAGUCGUACCCGGCACUGGGUUGAAAACCUUAUCAUGAAGGAGCAAACUGAGAGAAUCAUCAAGGACCCACACAUCAGCCAGCUGAGCAAGGCGGAUGUGGAGCAGCUGCAGGCCAUGCAGAGGGAGCUGACUGUCAGGAUCCGCCUGGAGAUGAAGGGCCCCGACUCCCUGAUCUGUCUGGAGGGCCUGAGCCGUGAUUUGCUUACUGCAGACGGAAUCAUCAGGGACAUGGUUGUGGAAAGGAAAGAACGUCAGACAAUCAGUCUACCUGUUGAGCAGUCUGGGAGGAUGGCAAAACCAAGACCACAAUGUUGAUAAUGAGGCUAAUGUCCUGUACAGAAAAGCUUCCAACACAAAGGGAUUUAUUGAGAAAAGAACUGAAAGGUGACACCUUAGUGCCGAUACACUGGGAACACAUGAAGGGUUCCCUCUUAAAGUUGGUCAAUCUGUCUCCAAGAUGCAGGGACUACAAGGAUGUGAAGACAGGGACCAACCUGACCAUGGUUAAAGUAUGUUCAUGUUAAGGUUCAUGGAAACUUAAGAUCAUGUUGUUACUGGAGAAUAUUGGAGUUAAAAGCAAGAGGUUGUGGAUAUUGAUACUUGAAUUUCACUACCUAGCUCAACUCCCUAGCUGGCAAUUUUGUCUAAACCAGUUGAAGAUGUCAGUUGUUAUUUUCUUACUGUCCAUAAAAUCCUCUGUGGCACUUCAGUAAAAAAUAUAUCACUUUCAAACUUUUUGUUUUUUUCUCAUAUUGGUAGAAUGAACAAGUCCAGAACGAGACACUCAAAUUCAACCAAAUGUAUUUAUAAAGCCCUUCUUACAUCAUCUGAUGUCAAAGUGGUGUACAGAAACACAGCCUAAAACCCCAAACAGGAUCUUACUUUGCCGUAUACCCAUUGUUUUCACCAAGAGGACACGUCCCACCUGAUGCACAAGGGUUCAAGCGCAUGUACCUGGCCAGGGUUCUUGUUGGAGACGACCCUCAGAGACACCCAGGCUGGAGUAUUCCCCUGACAAACCUUUAGGAAGGUGUAGUGCAUGUACCUGGCCAGGGUUCUUGUUGGAGACGACACUCAGAGACACCCAGGCUGGAGUAUUCCCCCUGACAAACCUUUAGGAAGGUGUAGUGCAUGUACCUGGCCAGGGUUCUUGUUGGAGACGACACUCAGAGACACCCAGGCUGGAGUAUUCCCCCUGACAAACCUUUAGGAAGGUGUACAGACUUGUACGACAGUUUCACAGAAACACCUCCAAUCCAACCACGUUUUUAAUCUUCAAUGAUGUGCACGAUUAUCCAGAGUUCCUUAUAACAUUUCAUUCAAUUUAGUUGCAGGCUACACGUAUUUACAAUAAACACCAAUCCUUCAUAGUGAAAAAUGUAUUUCAUAUAUCUAUUUAAAUGUCUUUAAAGUUACAGCCAUGUAUGUGGUUAGACAACAUUAGCCAGCCCUGAUACUGACCGUUACUGGUAUAACUUUGGUUACAAAUCUACUGCUUUGAGGAUAAUAAUAAAAUCAACUAUUUUGUGUGGGUAGUGGGUAGUUGGGUAACCUAUUGUGUCAGCAAAAAAAAUCUUAAUAUCCAUUUUCUCUGUAUAAUUAAUAAAUAAAUAACUAUUCUGUUCUACGGAA